AUGGCGUUAGAGGCUGCUGCCUCAGUUCAGGAGCUCUUCACAGAUGUAGGGCUCUUUGUGUUUGGCACCGACAUCAGUCCAGAUGAAUUUGUUAACAGAUUCUUUGACACUCUGUUUCCUUUGGUCUACAAUCAUCUCAUUAACCCUGGUGUGACUGAUAUUUCACUGGAAUAUUCAGAAUGCAUUCGAAUGGCAAGGCGAGAUAUUAACCCCUUUGGAAACAUUCCCAAAAUUGUAAUGGGACAAAUGGGGAGAUCAUUGUUACCCAGCCGGACUUUCCUGCAGGCUCUUAAUUUAGGCAUCGAAGUCAUCAAUACCACCGAUCAUCUGCAGUUCUCAAAAGAGUGCAGCAAAGCCCUCUUGAAGAUGCAAUACUGUCCCCAUUGCCAGGCUCUGACUUUAAGUAAGCCAUGUAUGGGCUACUGCCUUAAUGUUGUAAGAGGCUGUUUGGCUAAUGUGGCAGAAAUUGACCCUCAUUGGCAGGGAUAUAUCCGAUCACUGGAAGAACUUUCUGAUACUAUUCAUGGGAUAUAUGACAUAGAACAUGUACUUCUGAACUUCCACUUACUUGUUAAUGAUGCUGUUAUGCAGGCUCACAUCAAUGGAAAAAAAUUAUCUGAGCAGGUGAACAAGAUCUGUGGUCCCCCUGUCAGAACACCUACACAAACCCCUGGUUGUUCUCUUGAUCGGAGCAAAGAUAAGCAAGGAAUGAAGAUCUCUUUGAGAGAGGGUGAAGAAACCCUUGCCAGCAGAAGAAAGUAAGACAUUAGUUUUACAACCAGAAAGAAAGGAGA